UAGACUGUCGAACAAAAUUGAUAAGUUUGUUUUGUCUUUAUAAAUCUGGUUCAAUUUUUAUAAAUUUUAUGUAGCCAUGAGAUAAGCAAUGCAUGAAAAAAUCACACAGUUGUAAAUAUCAUGCGAUUGUCAUACUAACAAAAUGUUAGUCGGGUGGUUUGUGGUGCAAAAAUGAGAAGUGGUACAUUCGGGAUUGCAAUCACACGGUUACUUGCAAGUGGUUUUUGAAGAGGAACAUCAGAUUCCGCCGUGGAAUCGUUGCAUGAACGCAGCGGGAAUGACAAUAAUGGCAGUUUCUGUUGGAGAAAUAUGCGAGAACACGAAGCUGGCGAGAGAAAUGGCACUGAUGGGGAACUACGAGUCCGCAUUGGUGUACUAUGAAGGAACAGUGCAAAUGAUCCAUAGGCUAUUGAUCACUAUAGCAGACCCCACACGGAAGUCCAAAUGGCAACUGGUGCAGAAGCAAAUGGCCCGCGAGUAUGAGCAGCUGAAAGCGACGGUCGCGACGCUGCAGAUGUUCCAGCAUGAGGGGGAGAAGGCUAUAGCUCCUUUAGCAGGCAAUUUCGAGGACUACCCUACGCGGGAUCAGAUGUGGGCGCCGGCGCCACACGAGAUCGACCCCGACGUGUGGCCCCCGCCCCCCGACCGGGACCCCAACGCGUGGCCGCCGCCCACUAGUGCCGAACACAAAGGACCACCCUCCAUGAAGUCGGCGCGCAACAACCCACGCACAAUGCGCGGCGACCCCAAGCGGGCGCCGGGGACUGCCAGAAACGCAACCACCUCGCAACGCAAGACGUCAGACGUUAGGAACCCCAAAAUGUCCGCCAAGGCACAUAGUGCAAAAUCAAAAGAAGUAAACAAUAAAGACCACGGCGGGGGGGGCAACAACAAGGACAAGCAAGACAGAGACAACAACAACGGCGACACAGACGAUGAGAAACACAAAGACGAGGAGAGAAGAUUCGAACCCGCGUCCGCCGCCGACGUCGAUCUAGUCGAUAUGCUUGAACGCGACAUUGUCCAGAAGAACCCUAACAUUCGAUGGGACGACAUAGCGGAUCUCACUGAAGCGAAGCGGUUGUUAGAAGAAGCUGUAGUCUUACCCAUGUGGAUGCCGGAUUUUUUCAAGGGCAUCCGGCGGCCGUGGAAGGGCGUGCUGAUGGUGGGCCCCCCGGGCACGGGCAAGACCAUGCUGGCGAAGGCUGUGGCCACCGAGUGCGGCACCACCUUCUUCAAUGUGUCCUCCUCCACGCUCACCUCCAAGUACCGCGGCGAGUCCGAGAAGCUCGUGCGGCUGCUGUUCGAGAUGGCGCGGUUCUACGCGCCGAGCACGAUCUUCAUCGACGAGAUCGACUCGCUGUGCGCGCGGCGCGGCGCAGACAGCGAGCACGAGGCCUCGCGCCGCGUCAAGAGCGAGCUGCUCGUGCAGAUGGACGGGCUCGGCUCCGCCGCCCACGAGCCCGCCAGGGUAGUAAUGGUUUUAGCCGCGACAAAUUUCCCAUGGGACAUCGACGAGGCGCUGCGGCGGCGGCUGGAAAAGCGCAUCUACAUCCCGCUGCCGACGCAGGAGGGCCGCGAGGCCUUGCUGCACAUCAACCUGCGCGAGGUCAAGGUGGACCCCGAGGUCGACCUCAAGGCCAUCGCCAGGAAGCUGGACGGCUACUCCGGAGCCGAUAUCACUAAUGUUUGCAGAGAUGCAUCUAUGAUGUCGAUGCGACGCAAAAUAGCGGGACUUAAGCCGGAACAGAUCAAACAACUUGCCAAGGAGGAGCUGGACCUCCCCGUCACCAAACAAGACUUCAUCGAAGCGCUGGCCAAAUGCAACAAAUCCGUCUCCAAGGGCGACAUACAGAAAUACCUCACGUGGAUGGACGAAUUCGGCUCCUCAUGAUUCACGUAGACAUAUAAAAAACAACGCCUAGCAAACGGGUUUCGAGAAGAACACCUCGAAAACGCGGUGGUACCAUCAACAAAAAAAAUCGCUGACAGAUUUUUGCGCUUUCCAUGUGAAGUUUCCGUUAUGUGAUACCAUAUGGCUCGAUCGAGAUUUGCCUUAUAGACUAAGUUCGGACUGUUUCAGUAUUAAUAAAAUUGAUAGUGGCAUAUCCAAAUUUAAUUAAGUGAUAUAAAUCAAUGAAAUAUUGGUGUAAUUUAGUAUCCCCCAAAUUGUGUAAACAAAGUCUGACAUUUUCGUUGUACAGAAUACUUUUUUACUAAAUGAGGCUUCUGCCCUGCAGUAAUAUGAUUUGAAUAUGAUUGUAAUGGAAAUUACGAGCCAUGAGCACGAUACUAACUUACAGUGUAGAUAUUUAUUGACAGUAGUGUAAAAGGUCUGCCAUCACACUUUGUAAUAUUUUAUUGGAGACACAGUGAUCUUUUGUACUUAAAUUAGGUUAAAUUUAUGAUUUAGAUAUAAUUUUAUGCCAUAACUAAGUUAUAUUGUCGUUUUUAUAGAUUUUUUAAAUCAAAAUAACUACAUUUAUGUUAAGUUUAUAUAAAAUAAAUAUAUUUCGGCAUUUAUUUAUUGUACAUUCGCUCAAUUAAAAUUAUAAAUGAUAUAUUGGGAUAUAAAGACUUCACCACAAAUCCACCUUAGCGCAUGCAUGUAUUUAGAAAGUUCAUUAAAAUCAUUUUGUUAUAGAUUGAUGGACACUUAUCACAUCAAUCAUACUUGAGAUAUUUACUAAAAUAUUUAAAAUUCACCACUAUCGAAGAGUGGAAAUCCUUCUAAUGUCUAUUUAUUUCCAAAGGAAUAAAUAUUGGUAUAACAAAUUAAUAUGUAAUUGGUAAAUAAAUAAUAUUUUUGCAAACAUCUUAACAAUCUGUAACAGAAAAAUAAAACAAUUUUAAAUUUU